GCGAUCAGCACAACAACUUCCAGCAUUUGCUCUCGCCCUCAGUGACCCCAUUAUUAUCACUGGGAAUCACAACACUCACAUCAAUCUCCCUUCUGUCGUUGUCACCUUCAACCUCAUUUUGCCAUGUCGGACGAGAUCCACGCUUCCGUCGCACACCUUGUCGACCGCUACACUGAUUCCCUUGGUAGGGAGGCUAGGGAUGAUCAAGAUAGCGACAUUGACGAGGACGCCCUUUUCGAGGAACUUGAGAAUGAGGAAAAUGACUACGGAUUCAGAGAGCAACGCAUGCAACAAUUAUCUGAGCAGCUCGCGAAAGAGAAAGAGUUCAAGGAGGCAGGAGGAGGAGCGUACGAGGAUAUUACAGAUGACAAGACACUAAUGGAAUUGACAACUACCAAAAAGCGAGUGAUUGCACACUUUUACCAUAAGGAUUUCCGAAGAUGUGAUAUCAUGCACUCCCACCUGUCAUUACUUGCAAAGAAGCACCUUGGCACGCGGUUCGUCAAAGUCGAUGUCGAGAAAGUCCCCUUCCUCGUUGUCAAGCUCAAGAUUCAAGUCCUCCCUUGUGUAUUGUCCUUCGUCGACGCUACUGUGAAGGACAGGAUUAUCGGAUUUGAGGACAUCGGUAACACCGACGGUUUCACAACUGCAACGCUGGAAUGGAGAUUCGUGGGAUGCGGAGUGGUAGAGAGACCAAAGGUUGCAGAAGAUGCUACGCCAAAGAGCAUCUUCGGCUUCUCAAGUCAGAAGAACACCGCAGGUGAAGAUGACGAUGAUUGGGAUGAGUUUGAGUAAGGGGUUUGGGUUGAUAUGUUUGGAUACCCACGGUUUUGGUAGGAGUUUGAUCUUCAUAGCAUAGUGCAACGACACCGGUUCAUAGCGCACUGGUUAUAUAAC